UUCAGUUACGCAUGCGUCGCACUCGGCACCUAGGAGACGUGAGCGAAAUUCUCGUCACCAGUGUCGUGUCAUCGCGAUACGUAUGCCUCCGACGACAUCCUGUCUGCCUCAGCUGCGUAGUUUGUUAAGUCGGCCGUCCGUUAAGCGCUUCCUUGUUCUUUGUGGGGGAGUUUCAAGCACUGCCGUUUGCGCCGAUCGGCUGGGGAAGUGGGUGAGGUGUUGCCGCAAAAUGGACUGGGCUGGGAAACAUAAUGGUCCAAAUGAUUCAUCUAGUGAUGGAACAGUACGAUUGCGUGGUCUGCCAUUUGGCUGCAGCAAGGAGGAGAUCGUUCAGUUCUUUCAAGGGUUGGAAAUCGUGCCAAAUGGGAUAACAUUGACGCUGGACUACCAGGGGAGAAGCACAGGGGAGGCCUUCGUGCAGUUUGCUUCAAAGGAGAUAGCAGAAAAAGCUCUGGGGAAACACAAGGAAAGAAUAGGGCACAGAUAUAUUGAGAUCUUCAAAAGUAGUAAGAGUGAAAUCCGAGGAUUCUAUGACCCACCACGAAGAAUGAUGGGACAGCGACCUGGACCAUAUGAUAGACCAAUGGGAGGAAGAGGGGGUUAUUAUGGAGCUGGGCGUGGAAGUAUGUAUGACAGAAUGCGUCGAGGAGGUGGUGGAUAUGACGGUGGAUAUGGUGGCUUUGAUGAGUAUGGUGGCUAUAACAAUUAUGGCUAUGGAAAUGAUGGCUAUGAUGACAGAAUGAGAGAUGGUAGAGGAAUGGGAGGCCAUGGCUAUGGUGGAGCAGGAGAUGCAAGCUCAGGCUUCCAUGGUGGUCACUUUGUUCACAUGAGAGGACUGCCAUUUCGAGCAACAGAAAAUGACAUUGCCAAUUUUUUCUCACCACUGACUCCUAUAAGAGUUCACAUUGACAUUGGAGCAGAUGGAAGAGCAACAGGAGAGGCUGAUGUAGAAUUCGUGACACACGAAGAUGCAGUAGCUGCCAUGUCGAAAGAUAAAAAUCACAUGCAGCAUCGAUACAUUGAGCUGUUUUUGAAUUCAACUGCUGGAGGUGGUUCUGGAAUGGGAGGCUAUGGCAGAGAUGGAAUGGAUCAAGUUGGUUAUGGUUCUGUUGGAAGAAUGGGAAUGGGCAGCAGUUACAGUGGAGGAUAUGGUACUCCUGAUGGCUUGGGUGGCUAUGGUCGUGGCAGUGGAAAUAGUGGUGGAUACUAUGGACAAGGCAACAUGGGUGGAGGUGGAUGGCGUGGAAUGUAUUGAAGAGUGACAUUGUGUCUGCAAAGCAUAUCGGAAGGAAACAUUACCUGGUCUACUAGACUUUCUUACAAAACUUAAUUUCUUUUGUAUUGAAAACUUUAUAAAUGACUGAAGGAAUGUGUUUUCCCAUUAUUGGUAAGCAACAGAUUGUGAUGGGGAAUCUGUGUUCUGUAGGUUUUAUUUGUUGCAUACUCUGACUUUAAAUAAAUUUUUUAUAUUCAAA